UAAGACUGUUCCCCCCCCCCCCCCGGCAUCGCCACGUCUACUGCACGGUGACACAACAACACAAGUACACCUCAAGUACGAAGUAGCAACAUGAGUGCGUUCAAGGCGCCCGAUCGCAACUUCUGCGUGCGCUGUGGUGCGCUGCUGCCUACCUUUGGCGACAACAACACAAUCUCGUGCCGUCGCUGCGGCCAUGGCGUGCCCGUGACCAUCUUUGAGAACGUCAAGGUCAGGUCCUCCAGCAGGCCUUAUGCAUUUCAGAAGCCAGACUACAACACAUCCAAGGAGGUCGAGGACACCGCCGCCACGAUUGAUGAGAAGUGCCCCAAGUGUGGCCGCGAGGAAAUGUCGUACACAACUGCACAGCUGCGAUCCGCUGAUGAAGGCCAAACCAUCUUCUACAGAUGUAAAUGCGGGUACUCGUUCUCAGUCAACAGCUGAGAGACACGUCGAAGCCCGUGUUGCAUGUUGUGCGCUGCCCCCGUGUCUGUUGACCGUAUCCAUACCCUGCUUGCUUGUUGUCUUGUCUCCAUUACACAGUCCAUCACCA